AUGGCACAAGUAUUCAACGGUCGAAUCGCCGGAUCCUCCGAGAAACGACGAUGGCGAGGAAUGGAUGCUGUGUCCACCACCACCUAACGGCCCGCUCCCGACUUGUAUUCCACGCUUCUCCUAUUUCGAGCGCAUCCGCCUCCCCCCCCCCUUCUCUCCGCCUGUUUAUUUCCUCUCUUUCCCCGUCGUCGGAACGCCAAAUUGCUGCUCUUUCCCCCGCCGUUCCUCGCGAUCUCGGGACCCGAAUGCGAUUUGAGAGAGAGGGAAGGCAUGGGAGACGAGGGGGAGGGCGUUUGCUCAAAGGAGUCCGUCAAUGGUGGAACGGACGUCUGGAGCUCCUCCGCCUCUCCCGCUUCCUCCCCCGACCAUCUCGUCGUGAUGGUCCAUGGAAUCCUCGGGAGUACCGCUGACUGGCAAUAUGGAGCUAGUGAGUUCGUUAAAAUGCUUCAGAACAAAGUGAUAGUACAUUGUAGUGAAUGUAACAUGUAUAGGUUAACACUAGAUGGUGUUGAUGUUAUGGGCGAGAGGUUAGCAGAUGAGGUUGUUGAAGUUAUCAAUAAAAAGCCAGAAAUUCAAAAAAUUUCUUUCAUUGCACACUCUGUGGGAGGAUUGGUUGCAAGAUAUGCAAUUGGGAGGCUGUACAGACAUCCUGAAGGAAAUUCCUCACAGGAGAAUUUAGGUGGCGUCUGUGUCAGAGGAACCAUAUGUGGUUUGGAAGCAAUAAAUUUUAUUACUGUUGCUACACCUCAUCUUGGUUCCAGGGGAAACAGACAGGUUCCAUUUCUUUUUGGCGUCACUGCCAUUGAAAAAGUUGCUUCUCGUGUCAUUCACUGGAUAUUUAGGAGAACUGGUAGGCAUCUUUUUCUUACAGAUAAUGAUGAAGGACAACCUCCCCUUUUGCUCCGUAUGGUGGAUGAUUGUGGUGAUCUUUACUUCAUGUCUGCUUUGCGAGCAUUUAAACGUCGAGUGGCCUAUGCAAAUGUGGGCUAUGAUCAUGUUGUAGGCUGGAGAACAUCAUCUAUCAGACGUAAUUCUGAACUGCCAAAGUGGGAGGAUUCUUUGAGUGAGAAAUACCCACAUAUUGUAUAUGAAGAACAUUCAAAAGGAACCAAUGCUGAUCAAUGUGAACAAGAUUCAGUCAUAAACAGUGACUCUGAUGAGUUAGAGGAAAAGAUGGUAAUAGGCCUCACCCGUGUAUCGUGGGAAAGAGUCGAUGUUAGCUUCCACAGCAGCAGACAAAGGUUUGCUGCACACAGUGUCAUUCAGGUGAAAUAUUAUUUUAUGCAUGCAGAGGGUGCAGAUGUUAUACAACACAUGAUUGAUCAUUUUCUUAUUUGAGUGAGCUCUUUCAUGUUUGUGGCUCCUGAGACCAAUAUCCCUUCAUGAUCCAUCAUCGUGGACGAUAGAAAUGUCAUCAUUUAGUCAUGAAUGCGCAAUUCAGACCUCUAAAGGUCGUGCUUUCAGCUUGAUUCAGUUGAGCAGCCAAAGGCUUGAGCCACUGCAUAGCUGAAUUGCUAUCAUAACCCUUGUGCAAAUUGUAACGCAUCCUCAAGAUGACUUUGAGGAAUCACAAGAUAAACUAAUAUAAUAUAAUUAUUUGAUGCCUGUUUAUAGGUGUUAAUUUUUUGAAAGGUUAUUUCGCAAAUUAAAUUGGGAAAUUUGUUUCAUACUUGCAUAUUAAUUCUUGUUCUUCAAUAUUUAUGUAAAAAUCCUUGUAAAGUUAAUUGUUUGUACAAA